ACUGACACGUCGAUAUUAGCAAACAAUCAAAAAUUGUAAUUUUGUAUAGGACGAAGGUCUCAAUAUUAUUCAGAUCCAUUGCAACGAUACAUUGUAUUAGCGAUCUGAGAGGUGCACAGUUAUAGUUAUAGAUAGAAGUUAGAUAGAAGUUAUAGGUGUUGUAAAAAAAUAUUCAUUCAUUUUUAAGACGAAAAUUGACUAUAACCUGACUACUUCUCUCAUGACAAUCCUGACACACUUUUACAUUUAACAGCUAGAAAGAGGAUACUGUGACUAAACAUCCUAGACAGGUUUCAUUCAAAAGCGUCAAACAUCUGAAUCCACGCGAAGGCGAUAGCAAACAUGUUCCGAAUUUUUGGUUAUUUGUGGAGAUGGGCUUUUCCACAACCAUGGCGGCAAUCUUCAACCUGGGACAUAGAGACUAUGAAAAAGGAAGUAAUGAAAGAAGAAGAAGAAAAGCAGAUAAAUGUGUUGAUUCUAGGUCCAGUUGGAGCAGGAAAAUCCAGUUUUAUCAAUUCUAUUAUAAGCAUUGUUAAAAAUCGACAAUAUGGCAUGGCAGCAGCACAUGGAAAAUUCACAAAGUCCUGGACAAAAACAUUGGAUGAAUAUCGAUGUAGGAACUUACGUUUAUUUGAUUGUGUUGGCGUGGCACAAACUGAAGAAGAAGGGUUUCUCAUAGAUGAUUUAUUGUUCUUGAUCAAAGGGAAUAUCAUGGAAGGAUACGUGUUUGAUCCAGUCAAGUCAAUAAAACAAAACGGAGAGGAAGGCAAACGCUUUUUUAAAGACGAGCCGGGUUUGAAUGAUCAGAUGCAUUGCGUUAUUUUUAUUGUUGAUUCAACAUCAAUCAAUUCAACUAUUUCAGACGAAUUGGUAGAAAAAAUUGAUAACCUGCAAGUCAAACUUUGUGAUGAGCAUAUUCCCAGGAUCUUGAUUUUGACAAAGGUUGAUAAACUUUGUGAUAUGGUGGCUAACAACAUAAAGAAUGUGUUUAGGAGCAGAGCCGUUCAACAAAUCGUGAAAACAGCAUCUGAGAAGUUUGGGAUUGAAGAGGCAUCCAUUCAUCCAGUCAAAAACUAUGUGGAUGACUUUGACAUACUAAAUGAGAUGAAUAUCCCGCUCUUGAUUGCCCUAAGGCAGGCGAAGAACUAUGCAGAAGAUAGAAUUGAAUAUUUUCUUCAGCACAAGGAAGGACAAUGAGAAUAUUUCAUGAAAUAUUUACAUAGCUUAUAAAUUGCUAAAACGUCACACAUUGGUUAUUGUAUCAUGGUGUGGUUUUUUUUUAUUUUUAGCAUAUUAGUUUAUACACUUUUGUAGAUUGUGAUAUAAAUGUUCUUGACAAAUAGUUAUUACUAUAAGUACAUGCGAUAACACAUCAUGUUGUUAAUCAAAGAGAGUAUGAAUGGUAACGAUCAAGUCUGUAUUAUUGUUUCAUUAUAUUUUCGAAUAGUUAUUGACUAUACUUACAAAUGAAUGUGAUAAAUAUUUGUUAUCUUAAAACAUCGAAACAUAUCUUUCAAUCACUGUAAAUCAAUUGAAUGAGAGUGCUUUUUAUAGUUAAUUGCACAAACGUGGACACGCUAACAAAGAAUAAAAUUUGUUGGGGUUUUUUUUCAGAAAGGAUUGAAUAAA